AUGAGCUUUGCUUUUGGCUCUGUUCCUAGCCAGAAGGGCGCCAAAACCGCCAAACCUGGUACGUGGGACAAGCCAUUACCUACCGACCCCAUACGAGAGCGCAUAGACAAUGGAUCUUGGGAGGAAUACAAAGCGUUUCCUUGUCAUCCGGAUUAUAGAAGUUUCAGCCUUGAAGAGCAUAGGCUUGAGGACUAUGAGCACGACAAGGGCCGUAAUGCUGCACACAAUGCCAAUCCGAAUGCUCAGAGCAUUUUCGCGACCGGCUCGAAACCUUUGAUCAAAGAGACUUUGGUCGACAAGGGCAAAAUUCAACUACUUCAAGGCAGCGGAGUGGAGAUCCAAGUUGGAACAACAACACCAUUCUCAAACUGUGAUGAAACAAAGUCUUUCAAGACAUGGUGUCUUCCCAUAAAUUUGGUCUCACAUUACUCGCCUUACCUGAAAGAAACCUACUCCUUGAGUCUUCAGCAAUCCGAUAAGCGAAUCAGACUUCACGGCUAUCCACCUGAAGUAUUUGGCCUUUUUGUGGAAUGGAUGUAUUAUGGAAGCUAUGAGUCUCCCUCAGUAGUAUCGAUUUAUAAUGCUGAUGCCAAAUGUUGGGUUCUCGGGGACAAGCUUCGAUCUAUCGAAUUCCAAAACUGCGCAAUGCGUCGUCUUCAUGAACACCACACAAGACCAACCUUCGGACGACCUAUGACCUCCGAUGACGUGCGAUACGUGUUUAGUAACACUUCUCCCGGCUCACAGUUGAGAAGCUUCUAUAUGCACUUUGUCGUGGAACACUUUGGCAGUCCAGACAAAUUGCUCGGUACAUCCUCAGAUUGGGAUACACUCCUUCAAAGCCAGCCAGAAAUUCGGAUACUGCUAUUGAAAAAGUUUAGGGAGAGCAUAUUUUUGAAGAGUCAUGUGGAAAGUAUUGAUAAAUAUCUGAAACCAAACAAGCGUUCUAUUUUAGCUUUACGGCAGAAGAAAGGGACGGUUGAAUUGGCAACAGGCGCAGAGUCUGCAAAAGCGGCGAUUUUCAACUUUGAUGAGAAAUCUGAUGGAAAAAGUAACAGCCCCCAGCAGAGAGAGGCUUUCCAGUUGGUUUCUACGACAAAGAACUAUGAAGGAGCAGCACUCAAAUUUGGAUGGAAACUCGGAGAAAGUGCAGAGAAUCCUUCAAAGCCUAUAUUCAAAACCAUUCAGCCAAACCAGGACCCUAUUUCAGAGCUCGAUGCCGAACCCGCGCUAGGACGUGCGAGUAAAUGUAGUACGAGUGUUGGCAAGUCAGAUGACGUCAGCAAAGCGCCCGAAACUGAAAAGGGGAAAGAACCUAGAACAGGAGAAUGUCUCGAUAACAAGAAAUCGGAAGUGGGUGAGGCUAGCACUUUAUUAGGUUAA